CUCGUAAACUUAAACUUGAGAGACAAAAACUCUGUUUUUUUAUUAAUAAUUAUUAUUUGUUAAAGAAAAAAUAACUAUAAAAACAUUUGGCGUACAAGCAUUCAUUUCAGUCUUAUGAGUUUGAUCGGCAUGAAGAAUUGUUAAGCUUUAGUCUUAAGAUUGUAACGUGAAACGUUAGAAUUUAAACGCUCGUGUUAAAAUAUAUUUUUCAUAAAAAAUCGAUUUACAAACAAACGAGUGCAACCUGAAAAAAUAAAAAAAUUAAUCAAAUAAAAUAUAUAAAAAAACAAGAUUUUUAUAAUUGCGAUUAUAAAAAUUACUUGUAAUUAAUAUUAAAAAAAAAAAAAACAAUUAUAAAAUAAAAUUAAAAAAAAAACAUCUUUAAUUAUGACUCUAAAUACUCAGGGUCAAUCGAAGGAUACAACAAAUACAAAUACAUUUGUCAAUACGGCAUUUGUAAACGAUGAAAUCGGUUCGGAGACAGUGUUUCGCCGUAAAAGUGGCAACUCUCAUGGUUUACAAUUAGAGGGCAAUGCCACACAAGUAACCAACAACAAUAAUGUUGUUACCACAACCUCACCCUCCAUAGAUUUCGAUGAUCUUUUACCACUGAUUGGAGAAUUUGGAAAAUAUCAAAAAAUCUUGUUCCUAUGCAUGAUUCCUUUUACUUUCUUUGUUGCAUUUGUUUACUUUUCGCAAAUAUUUUUAACUCUUGUGCCGGAUCAACAUUGGUGUACGGUGCCAGAAUUAAAUGGAUUAUCAAUAGAAGAAAGACUGGCUCUUUCCAUACCUCGCAUGGCGAGCGGUGACUAUGACAAUUGUCUAAUGUAUAAUGUCAAUUAUACUGAAAUGUUGGCAAAAGGAAUGCGUGUUGCGGAUCCGUCUUGGCCAACAGUGCCUUGUCUUCAUGGCUGGUCAUACAACUUUACCGAGAUUCCCUAUUCAACAGUGGCCACGGAGGAAAAUUGGGUCUGCGACAAUGCUGCUCUUCCCACAUAUGCUCAAUCAAUAUUCUUUUUGGGUGCCAUUGUUGGCGGUCUGCUAUUCGGUUGGAUUGCAGAUAAAUUUGGUCGAAUUCCAUCGUUAAUUGGCUGUAAUUUAGUGGGCUUUGCGGCGGGUGUGACCACAGCAUUUGUAUCAAACUUUUGGCAAUUUGCCUUAAUGCGAUUCUUUGUGGGUUUUGCAUUCGAUAAUUGUUUUACAAUGAUGUAUAUAUUAGUACUGGAAUAUGUCGGUCCACGUUAUCGUACCUUUGUAGCAAAUAUGUCUAUUGCUAUAUUUUUUACAUUGGCUGCAUGCAUGUUACCCUGGAUGGCAUAUUAUAUAGCUAAUUGGAAACUAUUGGCUUUGGUCACCUCAUUGCCUUUAUUGUUGGCAGUAUUGACGCCCUUAGUAGUACCCGAAUCGGCACGAUGGUUGGUAUCACAAGGAAGAAUCGAUAAGGCAGUAUCGAUUUUGAAAAAAUUGGAAAAAAUUAAUGGAAAACACAUAACACCUGAAAUUUAUCAGAAUUUCACCGACAGUUGCAACAGGUUGAGGCAAGAUGAAAACAAAAAUAACUCCUACUCAAUAUUGGAUCUAUUUAAGACUCCACGUUUGAGAAGAACCACAAUUUUAUUGAUUAUUAUCUGGAUGGCUAUUUCGUUAGUCUUUGACGGCCAUGUUCGUAAUGUUGGGUCUUUGGGUUUGGAUAUAUUCUUUACAUUUACUGUGGCCUGUUUUACUGAAUUCCCUGCAGAUACCUUACUGACUGUAACACUAGAUAGAUUCGGUCGAAGAUGGCUGGCUUGUGGUAGCAUGGUGUUAAGUGGAGUCUUUAGCCUUUUGGCUACUGUAGCACCUGUAGGUGUAUACUCGGCUAGUUUAGCUAUUAUGGGUAGAUUUUUUGUAAAUAUUUCAUAUAAUAUAGGCUUGCAAUACGCGGCCGAAAUUUUGCCUACCGUUGUAAGGGCUCAAGGUGUAGCAUUCAUUCACAUCAUGGGUUAUGUAGCCUCCAUUAUUGCACCAUUUGUUGUGUAUUUAAGCUAUAUUUCGGCCAUGUUGCCACUAAUAAUUUUAGGUAUUUUGGGCAUUGCAGGAGGCCUAAUGUCUCUGUUAUUGCCAGAAACAUUAGAUCAUGAUUUGCCACAAACACUAACCGAUGGCGAAGAAUUCGGAAGAGGGCAAAGUAUAUGGGAUUUCCCAUGUAUGGCGAAAAAGAUUGAUGAAGCUAAUGAUUUAGAGAUAAGAAGUUCACACUUUGUAAGAUCAACGCAAAGUGGAGCUUCGCUGAGAGCCUCUACAACUGCCGAAUUACGUUCAAGUAUUUUGCAACGAUCUGUAAGAUCGCGAUAUUGUUCUAAAUUAUAAGAUACUGUUAGAUCGUACACGUUUUCUUCUAUUUAAUUUUAAAUCAUUAAUAUCAAGGUUAUUCUAGUAGCACUGAUUGAAUGUUACUAUUAGAAUUAUUUACAAAAAAUAUUCAUCAUUUUCCUAUAAAUAUCAUAACACACCUGCAAAUCAUUUUACAGUUACUAUCAACUGUCACUACACCAUUUCCCUUUAUUUUAAAUUAUGUUAAAAUGAAAAUAUUUUGCACAAAUUAAAAGUUUUUUCGUAACAAGUUCUAAAAAUGUUCAAGAGGAAAUGGUUCAUUUAAUUACUUUUUAAAAACACUAACUAUUUUUUACUGUUUACUAGUUUAAACUAUUCCGGCAUUUGUUCAAUAUAUGUAGAAGUAUAUAAUUAAUUUAGCAUAU